AAAAUUUGUACACAUGCUAAAUCUUUCUACACUUUGGUUGGAUGAAGUUGUGUCAUCAUAUUAAGCAACCUAUAUUUUAUAUUGGACAACUACAUCUUAUAUCUGACAAAGUUUAGGACUUUGUGGCUGUGCUGUUGAGCAGCCAGAGAAGAAAAAGAAUGGCAGGGAGGUUGAGGAAUCAGCUUGCUCUUGCUGUUAAGAAUAAGCAGUGGAGCUAUGCUAUUUUUUGGUCCAGUUCUGCUGAACAGAAUGGGGCAUUAGCGUGGGAUGAUGGAUACUACAAUGGUGAUAUAAAGACAAGAAAAACAGUUCAAUCAGAACAAUUAGAUGCUGACCAGCUUGGAUUACAAAGGACUGAGCAAUUGAGGGAACUUUACGAGUCUCUCUUAGAUGCUGAAACAAAUCCACAAUCUGCAAGGCCUACUGCUGCAUUAUCACCUGAAGAUCUCACUGAUACUGAGUGGUAUUUCUUGGUCUGCAUGUCGUUUGUCUUCAAUAUUGGCGAAGGCUUGCCUGGAAGAUCACUAGCAAAAAAUCAAACCAUUUGGUUGUGCAAUGCACGAUAUGCAGACAGCAAAGUGUUCAGUCGUGCUCUGCUUGCAAAGAGUGCAUCGAUUCAGACAGUUGUAUGCUUUCCAUAUUCAGGUGGUGUGAUUGAGCUAGGUACAACUGAUCUGGUUUCAGAGGAUCUAAGUGUUAUUCAGCACAUGACUUCUUUUUUGGAGACACCAGGCACAGUUGUUUCCAAUAAUUCAGCGUAUGUCCCCAAAACUGCAAGAAGUGGGAGUAACAACAUCCGUGCACAGCCAAAUGAGAAGAAUUCCAAAGCCAAUAUGAAUCCGGAUACUAAAUGGCAAAAACCCAAUACUUGCUCCCCGAAUAGUAGUUCAGAAGAUUUUGAGCCAAAUUGCCAGGCAAGGGAAUCAUUAACAGCUAAACACGAGGGUGCCUCUCGUGUACAAAGUUGGCAGUUAAUGGAUGAUGAGAUCAGUAACGGUGUCCUCAAUUCUGAAGAUUCUAGUGAUUGUGUAUCACAAACCUUCGCGAGUCCUGAGAAAAGCGUCCCUCUUCAACAUGAAAAUGAGAUGAAAGAGAACCAUUUACUUGAUCAUGAAGACUCCAAAGAUAUGGAGCUGACCUCAGUUGAGGUUCUAAAUGAUGAUAUCCACUAUCAAGGAAUCGUGUCAACCCUUUUAAAGACUUCCCAUCAAUUAAUUAUGGGACCAUGUUUCAAAAGCAGCAUUAAGGAUACGUGCUUUGUUAGAUGGAAGAAAGGCAGAUUAUCGGGUAGUCACAAGUCUACAGGUGGAACUUCACAAAGAUUGCUAAAAAGAGUAAUUUAUGAUGUUCCUAUAAUGCAUAGCAAUCACUUGCUUGAGAUGCAGGAGAAUAAUGACAAGGGAGGGAAGGCAAGGAGACUAGAGGCCGAUGAGAUUGAUGAAAAUCAUGUACUAGAAGAGAGAAGAAAAAGAGAAAAGAUGCAGGAAAAAUUUGCGAUUCUUGGAUCAAUUGUACCUUCAGCUGGCAAGGUUGAUAAUGUUACAUUGCUUGAUGACACAAUAGAUUACCUUAAGAAUCUCGAGAAAAAGGUUGAGAAGUUGGAAUCUCAAAAGGAACUGCAAGACAUAGAAGCAGCAAGGAGAAAAAGAAGUUGUGACAUAAUAGAAAGCACUUCUGAUAACUACGGCGACAAGAGAGUAGAUAAAUCCCUGAAGCAGGCGCUAAAGAAGAGGAAGGCUUCUGGCAUUAAAGAAGUGAAAGCUAUAAGACCAUUUCAACAGGAGGAUAUUUUAACUGAAGAUGUGACCAUCUCCAAGACAGGGAAGGAUAUUACGAUAGAGAUUCUAUGCCCUUGGAGAGAGGAUCUAUUUGUUGAAAUCAUGGGUGCAACAAGCAAUCUUCAUUUGGAUUUUCAUUCGGUUCAGUCUUCUAAUAUUGAUGGAAACCUCUCCAUGACUAUUAAAUCUAAGGUGAAUCGAUCAACGCCAUCUACAAAGAUAAUAAGACAAGCACUUCAAAAAGUUACUCGAAACUGUGGAUGACAUGAUCAGACCAAAGAUGAAAGCCUGCUUUUGUACAUUUGUUGUCAUAAUACCUCCACUGCAUCUUGAUCAGAAAACGAGGCUCUUGAGUAUGCCUAGUCUAAGUUUCCGUCUACUGCCAUGAUCAGAAUGUGUAUUCAUACUCAAAUGUAACUACCAUCACAUAUGCAUUCUUUUGUAGCUCGAAUCUUGCUAAGUAUGCUGUUUCCUCUCAUUUACGCAGCUUUUGCAUCCCUAGUAGUAUUCUGAGUUGCUAUGUAUGAAUUUCUCGUUACCUGUA